AUGAAUCUUUUAGAUUAUUCCACUUACGUCUCAUGCGGAAAUUCCUUCUCAAAGCCGUUAUCGAUCGGUUUCAUUGUUUGUCUCCCCAGAUUUCGUUCGGAAUCCGAGGCUAUUGAUUUGGCCAAUGCCACGAACCAUGGUCUCGCUGCCUACAUUUACACCCAGCAGAUUCAGCAGGCCUGGUCUGUUGCACGGCAGCUCCAGUGUGGCAUGGUUGGAAUCAACAGUCCACGUGUGAGUGCGGCGGAAAUGCCCUUCGGAGGCGUCAAGGACUCUGGCAUCGGCAGAGAAGGUUGA